AUUGUGGAACGCCUGUCAGAAUCCGACUUUCGUCUUCGAGAAACUUUGCGAUCGAUUUACCGAUUUACCAAUAUGCUAGCUGUCUCUACGUUGUUAUAAAUACGCGAAAUCUUGUCAUGGAAGAGUAUGAAGAGACAGGAGAUGGAGUUUUUCAAGGCAAAAUGGAUAUGUUUAAAGGGAUAACCGUUGAUUUAGAGAAAGUUAAAACCCCUCCUAAGACUGACCAAGAAUUUGAAGAUCGACUACUUGCUUCAUUAAAACACUAUAGGGAAACUGGUAUAAGAGGAGUUUGGAUUAAAAUCUCAAUCAAGCAGUGUUCUUUUAUCCCUGUAGCAGUAAAGCAUGGGUUUGUGUACCAUCACUGCUAUCCAACAUUCAUUGUGGUUACCCAGUGGCUGCCAAAAGAUGAGCCAAACAGCUUGCCCACAUUUGCUACUACCUACAUUGGUGUAGCCGGUUUUGUAGUUAGGGAUGAUGGUCAGUUGCUUGUUGUGAAAGAGAGAUUCAGGACCCAAGAUCACUGGAAGCUACCAGGAGGAAUGGCAGACUAUAACGAGGACAUUAGAGAGACGGCAAGAAGAGAGGUACUGGAGGAGACAGGCAUUGAGGCAGAGUUUGUCUCUCUUGUCUGCAUUAGGCAUAUACCAGACUUUAGGUUUGGAUGUUCAGACCUGUACUUUGUCUGCCUGAUGACUCCAAAAUCAACCGAAAUCAAAUUUGAUGCAAAAGAGAUAGCAGAUGCUAAAUGGAUGGAGAUGGAAGCAUUUAUUUCAAGCCCACAUGUCAAUGAUUCAAACAAGUUCAUCGCAAGGACCUUUAAGGAUAACUUUCUCCAAGAAGGACGCAAGCUAAAAAUUGUCCCAACCCAAAUGCGUUUGUUCAAUAGGGAUUUAAUCUAUUACAGCAUUGAUUUUCCAUCACACAAAUUAUAAUGGUGUUUAAGCAGAGUACAAGACUCAAGGCAAUUGGCAAAAAAAUGUGGUGAAGCUGAAGUUGAGUGAAUAGUGAAGCCAAAGACACCAAACCAGACUUUCUUUCCACCUAACAUACUUAAAGAUGUCUCUUCUUUUAAUCUUUUAAUGUAUAAAAGAAAACAGAAAACUGUUAUACUUUAUAUUCACAAUUAAAUGUACAAAUAAGGAAUAAAAAGUCAAAUGCAUUUCCAAAA